AUGGAAUUCUAUUAUCAUGCCAUGCUAGCCUUGAGUGAUAGAAUGAAACAACGCAAGCUAAAGAAUUUGAGCAUCCUGUUAUAUCGCACUGGCCUAAUUUCUGGAGAACAAACUGUUCACCUUGGUCAACCAAAGCAGAUGGAGAGUGUGACUCAACUCAAUCUAGUUUUAGAAACACAAGAUGAAAACAUGCUGUCCUAUAUUGUCAACAAAUUCCCCAACGUCAAAGAUUUCAGACUUGAUCAAGGCGCGGUUGUUAGAAAAAUUCAACUUGUUGAAAGCAAGGCAAGAUCAGCCUUAAAAGCAUUCACCGACUAUUUAAGAAAGAGGAAAAUAUAUCAUGUCAACCAUUCCCUCAUCCAAGAAUUGGACACACCUGAAGAUAUUUGGGGAACAAAAGCUUUUCAACGUCACUUCAGGUUUGUAAACAACAGUUACAAUAACUUGAUCCAUGGCUAUUACCUGAGCAACAUCUUUACUUAUUGUUCAAACCUCAAGAAAUUAAUACUCAAUGAUGGCUUGAUGAUCCAAGUUAAUUCUGAAGCUGGUAUCAAUCAUUUUAUUGAGACAUUGGAGCUUGUCCAAAUGGCUUAUUAUCCACCCACCAUGUUUCAAUUAUCCCAUCGACUUUUGGGCUUAAAACACCUUUUUAUCUCUGGCUGGAAUCUCUAUGAUAAUAAGGGUCUUUGCUUGAAUGAUACUAGUCAUCAUUUUGUUAUUGAUAUACCUUGCACUCUUCUGAAAACUUGUGUGGUUAUUAACCAUACGGUGUGUUCUGCAAAAGACCAAUAUUUUUAUGAAUGUACUGGCAUGAAUAUAGCUGAAUCUGAUGAAAAAAUGUAUCAUGCAGCAAAGAAUGAUGCCAAAGUCUUGACUUUUAACAUGAAAUGCAAAGGUAUUGGAGAGUCCAAUGUCUCUUUGAAUGAGUCCAAAGAACAAAUGGUCAUUGCUUAUCAAGAAACUGACUUUGAGAUUGAACACAAUCAAAGGCCUAGAUUUAUCUAA